GUCAAUCCCCCAACAGCUUACAGAAUGUUGAAAGACUUCGUGAAUUUAAAAGCUGGUGAUUUGGUUGUACAAAACGGUUCAAAUUCGAGUGUUGGUCGUUGUGUAAUACAGCUGUGCAAAUUAUGGGGUAUUCGAACUGUGAAUUUUGUACGUAAUCGUGAAAAUCUUGAUGCACUCGUCCGAGAAUUAAAAGAAAUUGGUGCUGAUGAAGUAUUUGCGGAAGAAGAAAUGAGAAAAGAAUCAGGUAAUAGAGUUAAAAAUGCUCAGUUAGCGCUGAAUUGUAUCGGUGGCCGGAGUGCAAUGAUGUUAGCAACAUGUCUUUCCAAUAAGGGAGUAAUGGUUACUUAUGGUGGAAUGAGCAAGAAGCCCAUCGAGGUUCCAACUGGACCAUUCAUAUUUAAAGAUAUUAAAUUGGUGGGUUUUUGGAUCUCUCAGUGGUACACAACUCGAGGUAUCGAAAAGGAUCGCGAAGCAAUGUUUGAAGAAUUGCAGGACUUGAUAAAACAUGGAAAACUUCGUCCACCAAAAAGCGGUAGAUCAAAGCUUGAAGACUGGAAAGUGGCAAUCACUAAUGCGAUGAAUUCGUCGGGGAUAAAGCAGCUUCUUGUUAUGCAAUAA